CGUCAUUUUAGUUUUUUUCUUUCAUAUUUUUCUGCGUAGUCGGCCAAUUGAGGCUAUCUCUAUUCCCACACCCGAGAGCUCCAACCAAUCACAGCCCUUUCAGCAAUCGCCAAUUCGGCCUCUCUGAUUGACUCCUCGUCCCGCAAACAUCACUGCGCUGCUGCACGCCAAAACUUUCUCCUCCAUAACACCACGAUCCACUCCCACCAGACCAGACUUUGCACUCUGCAUCCAUCCCCUCCCUUACAACACCACAGCUGAACAAAACAUCGUCUUCUCCUUCAACCCAUCCAUUACAGAAGAAGUGUUGCGCGUAUGAGUGGGCGCCCGUCAGUUUUCACGUCCCAGGUACGCUCCAGUGCUGUUCAAUUGAUUGCCUUUCCCCUUGACUCAUGGCGUGUGCUCUUAUCUUUGUAAACGGGGAUCUCCCGUUAUGACACAACGAAGCACACAGCAUACUAUCUACACAAUCUUCUUUCCAAUUGCCUCAUUCUAUUCUACUUCUAUACUCUCUGCAGCAUCAUGACUAUCUGCUAACCCUCUGCAGGAUUAUAUCUCAGAUCACAUCUGGAAAGCUUCAGUGAACUGAAAAGCUUUCACCCACCCUCCUACCGCCUACCUCUUUUACGAAAAAAACAAACUACAAUGUUUGGACGCGUCCUCAGACCCGCGGCUUUCAAGCCGGCGGGUGGAAUCGCCAAGUUGGCUCAACAAGCUCGAUUCAUGGCUACAGUCGAGGGAAGUGCUGGUCGUGCUAUGCCAGCAAGCCGUGCUAAGGCUACACCUAUCUCGCACGAUCGAGCAACCUUCACAAUCAGGGACGGACCUGUCUUCCACGGCAAAUCCUUCGGUGCCAAAUCCAACAUUUCCGGUGAAGCUGUCUUUACGACAUCCCUCGUUGGAUACCCCGAGUCGAUGACCGAUCCCUCUUACCGUGGACAGAUCCUCGUCUUCACCCAACCUCUUAUCGGUAACUACGGUGUCCCCUCCUCAGCUAGAGACGAUCACGGCCUCCUCAAAUACUUCGAGUCCCCAAACAUCCAGUGUGUUGGUGUCGUCGUGGCAGACUAUGCCGAGAAGUACAGCCAUUGGACUGCUGUCGAGAGUCUCAGCGAGUGGUGUGCCCGUGAAGGCGUCCCUGCCAUCUCUGGUGUCGAUACCCGUGCCAUCGUCACUCACUUGCGAGAAGUUGGAUCUUCGCUGGCUAGAAUUACCAUCGGAGAGGAAUACGAUGCCGAUCAGGACGAGGCUUUCGUCGACCCCGAGCAGAUCAACUUGGUAAAGAGAGUCAGCACCAAAGCUCCAUUCCAUGUCAGCUCCCACAAUGGAGAUAUGCACGUCGCUGUCAUCGAUUGUGGUGUUAAAGAGAACAUCUUGAGAAGCUUGGUGGGUCGUGGUGCGAGCGUUACGGUUUUCCCAUACGACUUCCCUAUUCACAAGGUCGCUCAUCACUUCGACGGUGUUUUCAUCUCCAACGGUCCUGGUGACCCAACCCAUUGCCAAGAGACUGUUUACCACUUGGCUCGUCUGAUGGAGACUUCUCAAGUUCCAGUCAUGGGUAUCUGUCUCGGCCACCAACUUCUUGCUCUUGCAGCCGGUGCUCGCACCAUCAAGCUCAAGUACGGAAACCGUGCUCACAACAUCCCUGCUUUGGAUUUGACAACCGGCCAAUGCCACAUUACCAGUCAGAAUCACGGUUAUGCUGUUGACACCACCACUCUGCCCUCCGAAUACAAGGAGUAUUUCGUCAACUUGAACGAUGGCUCCAACGAAGGCAUGAUCCACAAAACCCGCCCCAUCUUCUCCACCCAAUUCCAUCCCGAAGCCAAGGGCGGCCCAAUGGACUCCUCCUACCUCUUCGACAUGUACAUCGAGAACGUUCAGCGCUACAAGAACAACCAAGCUGUAUACCCCGCCAGUGCAGGAAAGGAUAACCGUCCUUCGCCUCUGCUGGUCGAUAUCCUGGCUAAGGAACGUGUCGGUGUGGCUCCUGCUCAACCAGCUGAGAACCUUGCUCAAGCUUCGUUGGGCAGACAGGCUGCUGCUGCUUAGAUGGGUGAAUGGAGAUUGGGUAGGGAGGGGAGGGCAGGGGUGUGUAAUUGGGAUUGGCGUUCGUUGGGAUGAUUUUUUUGAGCUGUCUUUACUGCUUGGCGAUGGUUCUUUCUAGCAGCGAGAAGUGAUAUAGUCGAAAUUUGGAAUGGAUUGCAAAAGCAACAUUAAAAGAAAUUUCUUUGCCUUUGAUAUCGUUCCGCUUACGUGCUAGUAGUUGCUCAUUCGUGCGGUCCACUCCAUUGGCACCUGUGAGUAAGUGACAGGUUGGCGGACCAUGAGUGUCAAACUCAAGUGUUAGCUACCUGAGAACACUCAACUGCUUGAUUACUUUGCUGCGAUAAACUACUUUGUCGCAGCAACUACAUUAUUUCCUUUCCUGAACUAGAUAGCGAGUGGCCGUAAGGAACGCGACGCUUGCUUCCUAGGUAGCUCCCCAGACUUUGACUUUUCAUUUUAAUGCUACAUCCUAGGAUUGUAC